UCUUGGCUCUUCGCGCUUCUCUCCCUCCCGGGCCUGCCCAGGCCUUCCCGGAGCCUCGGGUCCCGCCACGAGUCGCAGUCCGAGACGUGGCCGCCGUCUAGCUGACUGGCAAGUGCGCGGCCGCCGCCUCCACGCAGCCCGGAGCAACCCGGCGUCCCGCCCCGCUGAGCGCAGCGCCCUCUCGGCGGCCGCGGCGCGAUGCUGUGCUUUCUGAAGGGGAUGGCCUUCGUCCCCUUCCUCCUGGUGACCUGGUCGUCCGCCGCCUUCAUCAUCUCCUACGUGGUCGCUGUGCUCUCCGGGCACGUCAACCCCUUUCUCCCCUACAUCAGUGAUACAGGAACAACACCUCCAGAGAGUGGUAUUUUUGGAUUCAUGAUAAACUUCUCUGCAUUUCUUGGUGCAGCCACGAUGUACACGAGAUAUAAAAUAGUAGAGAAGCAAAAUCAAACCAGCUAUUUCGGCACUCCUGUUUUUAACUUGGUGUCCUUAGUUCUUGGAUUGGUGGGAUGUAUCGGAAUGGGCAUUGUAGCAAAUUUUCAGGAGUUAGCUGUGCCCGUGGUCCACGACGGGGGCGCCCUUCUGGCUUUUGUCUGCGGUGUGGUGUACACGCUCCUGCAAUCCAUCAUCUCUUACAAAUCGUGUCCACAGUGGAACAGCCUCUUGACAUGCCACAUACGCAUGGCCAUCUCUGCUGUUUCCUGUGCAGCUGUUGUCCCCAUGAUUGCCUGUGCUUCACUAAUUUCUAUGACCAAACUGGAGUGGAAUCCAAAAGAAAAGGAUUAUGUGUACCAUGUAGUGAGCGCAAUCUGUGAAUGGACCGUGGCCUUUGGUUUUAUUUUCUACUUCCUAACAUUCAUCCAAGAUUUUCAGAGUGUUACCUUAAGGAUAUCCACAGAAAUCAAUGGUGACAUUUGAAGAAAAGAGGAUUCUGUCUCAGUGAAUGUCACAGAUGGUUUCUAGAAGUGGCACAGAGAUGGACAGGUUUUGAUGCCGCCCUGAUUGGGAUGCAUUUGCGGUACAUCCAGGACUUGAAUUUCACCAAGAUUCCUAUAGUUGUACUAUUUACAAAGGUAUGUUUUCCUAGAGAAUGUAGAGCAUUUAUAACAUUGUAGCAAUAUUUUUAUACUUUUCUAAGUAGACACUUUUUUAUAUAAACUCUUAUACAGAAAAGAUAAGGUAUUACAGAAAAUGGAGAGCUCCUAUUUUGUACAGAUUCUGUUGCUUGUUGUCUUUGUGUGCAAGUGUUCUAUAGAAAUACACUAAAUGAGGAAUUGAAGUUUAGUACAUUUAUUAAAAAGCAAAAUCCGUGGAUAUUCAUUUUAAAAUUUCAUUUUUAGAGAAUUAACUAUAUACAUCUGUUAUCUCAGGAGCAUUUAUAAAAUUCAACUUAAAAUAAUGAUCAUAUGCCCAAAUGUCAAAUAUUCAGUUAAUAAAUUUACACUAAGAUACUCUGGGUUUUAGAUGAAAUAUGAAAAAUUCUUCUAUGGGGAGGCCUUACUAUUAUUCACUGUGGCAUUAGCGGAAUACAGAAGCCCUGGGUUUUGAAAUUCUGCCUCUUCAGUUUCUCCCUGUCCACAAGGCUGCAACUGUCCCCUGCUGCUGAUUGGCAGUCACUAGUAGUGGGAAUUCCCAUGGGAUGGGUUCAGCGAGGCAGAUUAGAAAUUGUACAACUCUCUUUUACUAUAACGGUGUAACCUGAAUAACAGUCUGAUUUAGAAGCUGAAACUCACAUCUUUCAAAUUCAUUUAUGCCUGUAAACACCAAGGAGAACUCAGGUCCAAGAGAGAGACAGGGAGAAAGGAGAAGGGUCAGAUGAAAGAUCUGGGCAUUGGAGGUGCUGUUUAUUUUCUCCUCCUUUUAAUGUAUGUGCUCAAAUGUUCCACAACACUAUAGAAAAUAUGAGUCAGGCCCUUGGGGUUAAGCAGGACCUGUAGACUCUGCCUUUUUACCCAAAUCACCAAUGGCAACUGAAAAGAAAGCCCUUCUAGAGAAAGAAGCAGCUCUUGGAAUGUUGACAAGAAGGUAUUCCCUCUUUCAAAGACCCUCAGACUACAACCUUGGGUAUGGCCAUGUGGGAGCAGACCUUGAGGGUACAUAACAAGGGCUUAGUAGCCCAUCUGGACAGCCUUGGAGGGCAUCUGGGGAGUGGGGAGCCCAUUGCGGCUCCCUAUUAACUCUGCUAAGCAGUCUGCCACCUCUGCUGUGACCAACUGCCACUCCCCCAAGUGCUCUGUGAUGGGAAGCUGAUAACCACUUCUGGGUCCACUUAACUUGUUGUAAUGCUGUGGAUCCUUAUUGUAACACUGGAACUAAAGAGUGACAUUGAUUCUGAAGAGGAAAAGGAGCCCGCAUGCUUCUUCCGUGGACCCUAUGGUAGAGUGAACGCAUGGAGUGUCUCUCUGUGAAGCAGACUCUUGUUAUCAGCACUUCUGAAAGAUGUACCGUCAUUCUUCAUCUCCAUCUCUUUGCACAAUUAGAUUGAGCGCUCCUUAAGGGCAGAGAAUGUGCUUUAAUCUUUACCUUUGUAACCCCAGCAUUCAACACAGUACCUCCUGGAAACACCAUAGGUGCUUCUUAAACAGUUGUUACUGAAUGUGCAUGCAUGAACGAAUGAAUGAGCAAAUGAAGGAAUGACUCAGGGUAUUUGAGGUGCUGCAUAAUGGGAUUUAUUGAUUCAAGUUUACUAGUUACUUUAAUGUAAACCAAUUGUGUCACCCCGUUGAUGUUGACUGUUUUGCUUUGUGUACUGUCAACAUUUCAGUUGUUUGGGCUCCAUGAUUCUAUGACAACUCUCUUCUGGACAGUUACCACAGAAAUUGUUACAUGGGCUAGACCAAACGCUACACCUGUCUGGGCAAACUGAGAAGGCCCAAAAUCACUACAGAUAAUCACAUUCUGCUGAUUCCGUGCAACCUCUAAAGCUGGUUUUAUUCAUAUUUUGGUAUUAUGUUUUAACUUUUAUGAACUCACCUUUCCUUGUCCCUCAUGACUUAAAAAGAAAAUAAAAUGAAAUAUUUCUUUAUUUUAGUAA